UCUUCGUUAUUCUCUGUGAGAAGAAAUAUUUCUCACCAUGGAAACCGAAGCCAAAUCACCAUCUUCUUCCUCAGACAGCUCCAGCACCCAUCCUUCUGCUCCUCCUCCCUCUAACAACACAGAAGAUUAUAAAAUCACAGAGCUAAGCCUCGCCCUUCAUAUCUCAAAUCCGACCUCUGAUCUGCAGCAGAACAAUUUCCGCACCCAAAGAGAGCAAUAUCCACCAGCGAACUGGCCGCCAAUAAAAAAUAUCAUGUCAGCUGCAGUAAAACAGAGGAAAAAAUUGCAGAAAACCCCCUCAUUUUUCAUCAAAGUAUAUAUGGAUGGGAUUCCGAUUGGCAGAAAAAUAGAUUUAUAUGCUGUUGAUGGAUAUAAUGGAUUGACAGAGCAGAUUUCCAAUAUGUUUGCUGCUCUCAUUCUCUCAUCUGAUCUUGGUGGAAUAGUUUCAGAAAAGAGUUAUGUGCUCACUUAUGAGGAUCAUGAAGGUGAUUGGAUGAUGGUGGGGGAUGUUCCUUGGGAAGAUUUCUUGAUAACAGUGAAGAGACUUAAGGUUGCAAGUGCUGAUAAAUGCUAAGAAAUAUGAUAAAAAGGGUGCCUUUUUGCUUAAUUUUUGUGAGAUUAGUGCUAAAGUUAUUAAAUUAAUUACCUGUAUUUAGUGAGAAACUAUGAGUGUGAGCUUUGAUUAGGAGAAGCAGGCAGUGGAGGUUAACUUCAUUGAAUAAUGGAGUCCUUUUCUGAAAUAUCUGAAUGGCUUUAAAAUUCACAAUGAGGGAAG